UCCUGCGUUAGCUUCGGGAUGCUAGCUGAUGCUAGCUGGGUGUUGCGGGGACCAGCGGGAGGUGCGGGGACUCUUUCAGCCCGGCUGCCUCCUUCCUCACAUGGCAGCAGCGGCGGUGAGACGCCCGGUUGUGUGGCUGCUCGUGUGGCUCUGCGUCCGGCCGUCCGGGGCCAAAGACCCCCGACUCUCUCUGGACGAUGACGUCCUGCUGCCGUACGCCCACGGUCAUGGCCCCGCCCACUCCCACCGCUACGUCAGAGACUGCCAGCCCGCCAUUCACGGAAACGUCACCCACGAGAGCCGACCCUCCGGCGGCCGCGGCGGCCUACCGGUGGCCGAGUCCACGGUGUUUGUGUCCGACGUGCUGAAAAGCUCCAGACAGGUUUACGGUCACGUGACGGUGGUCCACGACCCCCUGAGGACGGUGUCGGUGUUGGAGCCCGGCGGGCCUGGCGGCUGCGAGAUGAACCAGAGGGCCACGGUGGAGGAGACGGCCGCCGCCGCCGGCUGUCUGUACGCUCAGAACGCCGGCUUCUUCAACACCAAGACAGGCGAGUGUCUGGGCAACGUGAUGAGCGACGGCCGGCUGGUGAGGGACAGCGGGGGGGUGCAGAACGCCCAGUUUGGCAUCAGGAAGGACGGCAGCCUGGUGUUUGGGUAUUUGUCCCAGGACGACGUUUUGGACCAGUCCAACCCGUUCGUCCAGCUGGUCAGCGGUGUCAUUUGGAUGCUGAGGAACGGAGAAGUUUACAUCAACGAGAGCCUGGAGGCCGAGUGUGGCGCGACUCAGGAGACGGGGGAGCUCCGCACAUUUGUGGACGUGGUGUCGGCGAGGACGGCGGUAGGCCACGACGCCGAGGGCAACCUGAUCCUGUUUCACAUUGACGGACAGACGAGAGUAAGAGGUAUGACUCUGUGGGAAGUAGCCGAGUCUCUGAAGAGCUACGGCGUCGUCAACGCCAUCAAUCUGGACGGAGGCGGGUCCUCCACCUACGUGGCUGGAGGCUCGUUGGCCAGCUACCCGUCUGAUCACUGUGAAUUGGACAGCAGGUGGCGCUGUGCUCGGCGCGUCUCCACCGUCCUGUGCGUCCACCAGCGGCGCUGCCAGCCGGCGGCGGACUGCAGCGGACACGGAGACUGUGUGGACGGACGCUGUCAGUGUCGGGGGGGCUGGACGGGCGAAGACUGUGACUCUCUGGUGUGUCAGCCGCCGGCCUGUGGUCGCCAUGGCGUCUGCACCGCCGAUGGUUGUGUUUGUGAUGCUGGAUGGAGAGGAAACAACUGCAGCCAAGAGUGCCUAUCGGGUUUCUAUGGCGACGGCUGCAAUCAAACCUGCGUCUGUGUCAACGGCGGCUCCUGCGACCCCGUUAACGGACGCUGCGCCUGCCCCUCCGGUUUCCACGGCGACACAUGUGAACAAGUGUGUCCUCUGGGUUUCUACGGGCCGUCCUGCGCUGAGGAGUGUCGCUGUGACGACCAGUGUCCAUGUGACCCGCAGACAGGAAGCUGUAACGGCACACUGCCAGGAGAGACCAACCACACCUUACACAGAGCUGGACAGUGUCUGGCUGGACAGAUGUUUACACUUUGGAGACGAGAUGAAGACGCUCACAGAGUGCAGCCUCAUCUGACAGAGCGUACCUGGCUGGUCAUCACCUUUACUCUUGCCUCUCUGCUGUCAGCCAGUCUGCUGCUUCACCUCGUUCGGUUCUGUCGCGGAUCGUCUACCACUCCCGUCCGCGAACGUCGAGACUACUCCUACGUUCCGCUGAACCCCAUCAACGGAGCUGCUUCGGGCGCCGGGAAAUCUGGUUUUGGAGCGGACGACUCGGACUCUCAGGAUGAAAUCUGGUCUCCGACACACUCGGGGAGGUCGUAGCCGUCAGGAGGUCCAGCAGCAAUCUAACAGCGCCAUGAAUCACAUUUCUAGAGUCACAACAUCACAAACUUCGCCUGAGGACGCUCUGUUUUUGCAAAAAGAGAAUCAAACUGAAAGUGUUUCUCUGCUUAAUUUAAACUUCUAAUUGUGUCAAAGCGACAAUCUUGCUGGAAUGAAAAGGACGCUUAAGGACGAAGCACAACAGUUUUUCAUUCUUUUUCAUUUUGCGGACAUCAAACUGUUUCUGGCAGCUGGUCAGAUGUUUGCUAUCAUGUUCUCGUUUACAGCAGAGGCCUUUUAAAUCGGAUGAUGAAAGGAAAAAGAGGUCAAAACUUCAAUUUGUCAGGAAUCUGGUCUCAACCACAGCUCCAGGUAGGACGAGUUUCUCCACUUGGAAACUGUUAAACUUUGAGCUAAAGUAAGACUUAGAGUGUAGUCCAUUACAAUCAAUACAAUUACUUUAACAUCCAUGAUCAUUUUAUUGGAGAUUCUGAGUUUAAUGGCAAUUAAAGCUGCAUUUAGGGACUUUUAUUGAUAUAAUGGCUCUAUUUAAUUAGUUAAUCAUGUCACAAAAGGUAAAUGUCUCAAAACUCUCUGAAAACUAGUUGAAAAUGCCAAACAUAUCUGUUAAAGUGUACACUAUAUUAAAAGUUUUUUCACCUCUUUACCUUGCUCUCAGACAACCCGUUUUUACAGGGAACUGAAGCCGUUAUCUAUGCUCUCUUCAGAGACACAAGACUCCGUUGACAAAAAUGGAAUUUGCAUGAAUCUGAACUAACAAUUUAAAACACCAAAGUCACACAACAACACAAACCACCCAACAGAUGGAGGAGGCAAUAGACCAGCAACGUAUGUCUUCUGCAAAGUUAAAUACGUAUUUUUGUCAAUGGACUCUGGUGUCUUUGAAGCAAGCAUAGAUAACGGCUUCAGUUCCCCGUCACAAAGAGGUGAAAAUACUCUAAAUAUAGCCUACAAUUAAACUGAAAUUGACUCUUUUAGGUUUCUAAAAUACGUCAACAGCUGUACAUUUCUUUGCUCUCGUGCUGGUACUUCUGUCUGUUUCUACAAACUCCAUCUACACUUUAAAGCAUGACUGCUAUCUCUUCCAAGAGGCCUAUAUAAUAGUUCCUACUCUUAUUUAUAAACUUGAUUUAAUUCCUUAUACAGCUAAUUAUUUAAUUCUAUAUGAGUACCACUGAUUCAACUCGCUGAAUAUCACAGUUUUAUCUAAACCAGCUUCAUGAUCCCAGUAAAGCUCAGUUUAGAGUCAGACUAGGUUGAACUUCAUGAUGUUUACAACUCGUUGCCACGUAAACGGAUGAACUUUGAACUCCAACCAUGGCGUUUAAAACAAACUGUUACUGAGGGGUUGUUUUCUACUGAGAGUUUAUUAUCAACAAAAUCAUUUUUGGAUGUUUUUGUCAAAAUGUACUGAUCUCCAUCUGAAUGUAAAAUGACUGAGGUAAAUGUGCACAUUUAUAUCAGAGAAAAUAAUAAAGAAGCACAAUUUUAUUCAAGAUGCCACGAAUAUAUGAACUUCAUCAAGAUUUCUUUAUGAAAGUCGUUCUUUAUAAUGUCAUUUGUAAAUGCCACCAAACUUCUCAUGUUUUAUCUACAGGUGUUUUUUUUUUUCCUGUUUUAAACAUAUAAAUAAACGUUAAAUUCAGGAUUCAGUU